UGUUGUUCAGCGGCGGCGGCCGAGCUCGGGUGCAUCCUCGGGCCCGCCGCCGCCGCCGCUGCCGCCGGAGCGCGCGGCCAUGGAGCUAGAGGUGCCGGACGAGGCAGAGAGCGCCGAAGCAGGGGCCGUGACAGCGGAGGCGGCCUGGUCUGCGGAGAGUGGGGCGGCGGCAGGUAUGACCCAGAAGAAGGCUAUCCUUGCAGAGGCCCCGCUGGUGACAGGGCAGCCAGGCCCUGGCCAUGGGAAGAAGCUGGGCCAUCGAGGCGUGGAUGCGUCUGGAGAGACUACGUAUAAGAAGACCACCUCGUCCACCCUGAAGGGUGCCAUCCAGCUGGGGAUUGGGUACACGGUGGGCAACCUCAGCUCUAAGCCAGAACGCGAUGUGCUCAUGCAGGACUUCUAUGUGGUGGAGAGCAUCUUCUUUCCCAGCGAAGGGAGCAACCUUACCCCCGCCCACCACUUCCAGGAUUUCCGUUUCAAGACCUAUGCACCUGUUGCCUUCCGCUACUUCCGGGAGCUCUUUGGCAUCCGUCCGGAUGAUUACCUGUACUCACUCUGCAACGAGCCACUCAUUGAGCUGUCCAACCCCGGUGCCAGUGGCUCCGUCUUCUACGUCACCAGCGAUGACGAGUUCAUCAUUAAGACUGUCAUGCACAAGGAGGCGGAGUUCCUGCAGAAACUGCUGCCUGGCUACUAUAUGAACCUCAACCAGAACCCCCGGACCUUGCUGCCCAAGUUCUAUGGGCUGUACUGUGUGCAGUCCGGCGGCAAGAACAUUCGAGUGGUGGUCAUGAACAACGUGCUGCCCCGUGUUGUCAAGAUGCACCUCAAGUUCGACCUCAAGGGCUCCACGUACAAGCGCAGGGCCAGCAAGAAGGAGAAGGAGAAGAGCCUGCCCACCUACAAGGACCUGGACUUCAUGCAGGACAUGCCAGAGGGGCUGCUGCUGGACUCUGACACCUUCGGCGCCCUGGUCAAGACGCUGCAGCGAGACUGCCUGGUGUUGGAGAGCUUCAAGAUAAUGGACUACAGCCUGCUGCUGGGCGUGCACAACAUCGACCAGCAGGAGCGGGAGCGCCAGGCUGAGGGCGCCCAGAGCAAGGCCGACGAGAAGCGACCAGUGGCCCAGAAGGCCCUCUACUCCACAGCCAUGGAGUCCAUUCAGGGCGGUGCUGCCCGCGGGGAGGCCAUUGAGACAGAUGACACGAUGGGUGGGAUCCCAGCCGUGAAUGGGCGCGGGGAGCGCUUGCUCCUACACAUCGGAAUCAUUGACAUUCUGCAGUCCUACAGGUUCAUCAAGAAGCUAGAACACACCUGGAAGGCCCUCGUCCACGAUGGGGAUACCGUCUCAGUCCACCGGCCCAGCUUCUAUGCCGAGCGCUUCUUCAAGUUCAUGAGCAGCACGGUCUUCCGGAAGAGUUCCUCCCUCAAGUCCUCUCCAUCUAAGAAAGGGCGUGGCGCCCUGCUCGCAGUCAAGCCCCUGGGGCCCACCGCCGCCUUCUCAGCCAGCCAGAUCCCCAGUGAGAGAGAGGAUGUGCAGUACGACCUGCGGGGAGCCCGAAGCUACCCCACGCUGGAGGAUGAAGGCCGGCCUGACCUCCUGCCCUGCACCCCACCGUCCUUUGAGGAAGCCACCACAGCCUCCAUCGCCACCACCCUGUCAUCCACCUCCCUCUCCAUCCCAGAGCGGUCCCCUUCAGACACAUCAGAGCAGCCCCGGUACAGGCGGCGCACGCAGUCUUCAGGCCAGGAUGGCCGGCCCCAGGAGGAGCCGCAUGCGGAAGACCCGCAGAAGAUAACUGUGCAGGUGGAGCCAGUGUGUGGUGUGGGGGUUGUCGUCCCCAAGGAGCAGGGUGCAGGAGUGGAGGUUCCCCCAUCUGGGGCAUCGGCAGCAGCCACGGUGGAAGUAGACGCUGCCAGCCAGGCCUCAGAGCCCGCCAGCCAGGCCUCUGAUGAGGAAGACGCGCCUUCCACAGACAUCUAUUUUUUCGCCCACGGGAGAUACUGGCUUUUCUCUCCCCGUCGUCGCCAACUGCGGGCCGUGACACCAAGCCACACAGGCGCUCCCACCGACGAGAGGAGCUGGGUGUACUCCCCGCUUCACUAUAGCGCACGGCCCGCCUCCGACGGCGAGAGCGACACAGUAAGUCCCCAGUAACUUCUAUGCAGUCCCCAAUCUGGAGCCCAGCGUCCUUCUGCCACCCCAGCCACUUCCUGGAGGCGCUGCCCCCCACUGGGGCUCAGAGCUCAGCGACAUCACCCCGAUGGCCCUGGCCCGACCUUGUUCUCUCCCUCCCCACUGACGGACGCCAUUGGCCAGGCCCAGCCCCAGGAUAGGUCAGGCCUCCAUCUGCUGCUACCUGUGCCUGUUGGGGCGGCAAGAUUUGGAGUGCCCAUCCUGUAUUUAUUUUGGGUCCACCCCUCCCCCCCCUUUUUUUGGACGGAGAGGGAGCACAGGAGUGUUUUUCUAGGAAAAAGACAAGACACAAAAAACCCAGGAAGAGGCUGCAGCCACCAGCCUUGGUGGAUCAGGCUCUAUGUGUCUCAGUACCCUGGGGACAGUGGCCAGGUAGCUCCAGUAAAGCCCACACACUCCAGGGCUCUCGUUAUGACUGGCAGAGGAGACAGGCCCUGGAGCCGCGGCUUGCCGUCCCGGGUCUGUGUUCCUGAGUUGGGUCGCCUCAACAGAGCCCCUCCUUCACCUCAGGUUUGGGACCCAAGCAAACCAGGACUAGUCAUGCCCUGUGGUCUUUCUGCAUCUGUUUACUGCCACUGGAAGGAUGUCCCUACGCAUGUCUUGUGGCUACAAUCACCUGAUGCUGACUGGGAGGUUCCAUAUUGUCUGCCUCUCAUCCCCAUGAAACCCUGAGCUGGUGCUGUGGGUCCCCUCAACUCCCAGGGAAAUCUCUGCCCCAAGAAGGGCACAGCCAAGCUUCAGGCUGCAGAGUGAGAGUUUGGUCCUUACCUUGGUUGAAGAGAGUAAGAAAGGGACAUCACCUCAGCAAAGCCAACCAUAUCUACUGACCACCAGGGAGAUCGCAGCAAGCAGUCUCCUCCGCUGGGCAGACCCCAGUGUGUUGGGUGCAGUCCAGCCAUGCUAUGCCCCUGUUUCGUGGAUGCCCCACCCACGGUGUGCUGGUAGGCGGAGUCAAGCUGGAAUGUUCUGAAAGCACGCAGCUACAGGACACAACCUUUGGGUCAGCUUCAUGGGCCUCUUGGGUUGCACCUUCAGGGACAGGGGCUAUCUGGCUUCCAAGGACUGUAGCAGCCUGUGGAGGCAGUGUGGAGCAUGACACUGCCAUCGUGGCCAGAAAAGGCAUGGCCAGGGAGAGGACCCCUGGAGGAGGAGAGGAGAGAUGGGCAGAUGCCUGUCCCUGGACCUCACAUCAGCCCCCUUCCUGUUGAGGAAUGCACAGUGAACACACCGUGGGGAGCUGCUGCAUGAGUUAACUAAGGGGUUGGGGCUUGCACACACCUGGCAGGCAUGUCACAC